AUGCUUCCACUGUACCACCAUGUCGUUCUUCCACGAGAUGUGCCCGGGCGCGAGGACAAAAAUCUGUACCAAACAGAAACGGAACUUGCGCUCAACGUGGAUGGAAAAAUCGACAAACAUCUGCUCAUCAAAGAGCUACAGCAGCUGAGUGCAAAACAAGCGCUUAUUCUUCAUGUCACAGAGCAGAACGCGGCCCUCAUGGUUUACCGACAGUCAAACGGGGAUGGCAGGCACAGUGUUGUUUUCGAAGUGUUUGAGACAUCGGCUACCUGUGAGAAGGUGCUCGCCUGUGAAGGCGCUCUACAGUGGGACUUCCCCGGCCAAGCAGUAUCAAUUCCCUAUCGCACUUUCUCAGACGAGGAUUUCCAGCAGAGUCUUGCUGCGUUUCUGGAACAAGCUAGCCUUGAGUCUGUUACCCGAUUUUCGGCCGUCACCUACAAGGCAUGCGCGCCUUUGCCAGAGAUUCGAGAUACUCCAAACCCUACCUUGAUAACCAACUUUUUUAUGACUAUCUUGGAGGCCAGUGGCGUCAUCUAUAGCCCUCCACUACUUCGCAAGCGUAUUCGCGAUACCGUUUCGUUCAACAAAGCCUACAAACCCUGGCGUAGAUCACCAUUCUACCUUGUUCUUCGGGUUGCGAUGCAGCGGCAUCUUUACACACUUCUGGGCGCAGAGAAAGGUCGACAGAUUUUCAAAAUUGUCAUGUGUGUGUUCCUGUCAAAGCUUCUGGACGAUACUCUAGGCUUCAUUCCAGAUGAGGCAUCUCACUUCUUUCGGCAGAAGCUAGGCCGCCGCCUUGCUAAGCUAGAGAUGGAUCGCGGUAAGGGAUCAAAGGUGUUGAAACAAACACAUGAUCAUGUCUUUCGCUUCAUUCGUCCAGUCAUGGAGAAGUCGUUGUUAACUGCUACGCGGUUUCUAGAAUCGCGAUGGGAUGCGUACAAGAAGAGGACCUCGCGGAUUGUUCGGCCCAUCCAACAAUAUGCCAGCACACACGAUCUUACGUUACAGUUACCACUCAGCGGUCAAACCUUUGUGCGAUCUAUGCACCUCCGCUCUAGCACCGCUCAGAGUGAGAUACGUUCACCAGAUGAACUACUAAGUCAGUACGAGAACACGAUUGCCAUCAAGCCAUUCGCUGUUGUCUUUUGCCAAUUCAUGCCUUUGUACCAGUAUGAGGAGGAGGUCACAAAUUCUCUGCGUAUGGCUGAUGAGCGAGGCGACAUGGGCUCCAGUAUCCAUCUGGCUCGUACGAUCAACACAUAUAUCUCAACUGUGAAAGACACCUAUGCCGAUUAUCCUGAGUUGAGAAGUUGCCAACUGCUCAGCCUCAUGGAGCUGUGGGUAGCCUUGGACCAGCAUACCGUUGCCUGCUUUCCGCUUCUAAGAGAAUACCACCCCGGGUUUGAGGCAUCCAUGCUGGACGUUCUCCAGUUAUCCAAACUGGAUGAGGUCAGGCGGCUACAGGAUGUUCAGUUGUACAUCGCGGGACGCUGUGGUGGAUGGUCUGGUCAGGGUUCGAAGACUGUUUUCGACACUCCGGCCGAGGACUCUUACGCGGUACGUUACUACGACGAACCAAAUCAGGCAGAAGAAUUUCAGGAGCUUCGCCGGCUCAUCGAGGAAGAGGCCAACCAGCUCAUCGAUGUCAAAGAAGAAGAAUGGGAGGAAAAGAGUCAGAUUCAUGACGCCAUGAUCAAUGAGAUGGCUGGACUCUCGUGUCUUUAUGUUAUGGAAUCCGACGAGAAUGGUUUCUUGAGACAAGUUCACAAGACACCGUGUCGAAAACAUACUCUUAAAUGGAAAGCACGCCAGAUAACGAUCGACAUCUUCGAGUAUCCACUCCCAAAGUCAGAGCCAGCUGUGAAAGCUGUAAUCUUUGAACUCAUAUGUCCGAAGGCAUUCGCGCUUUACCGAGACGCGACAUGGUGCAUCAUGUCUUCCUUCGCGUAUCCCCAAAAAGAGCCAGAAGUCGACACGUACCUUCUACGCAAUUACUCUGGGUUAUGCGACUACGCCAACCGACAGGAGACGCGCGUGUCUUUGGGAUCUUCCACGAAGUCGCAUCUGGACUCACACUAUGCUACCUCAGGCUUCCCGCUCCCGAUGCGGGAUGUAUGCCGGCCUUUUGGUAUGAAGAUGGACUACUAUGACACUUCAGGCCAGACAUGGAUCUCGAGGGACGGAAACCCAUCGUUUGCUCACCUGUUCCCUCUCAAGUUGCCGAAGGCCUCACCUUAUCAUGCUUUCACGCAUAUCGGCGAGAAGUGGCCAUCGUCGAAUCGAAUACUUGCUACUCAGACUAAGUGUCCUCCAGACUUGAGCGCACACGAGUAUAUGGCGUGGCAAGGCUUGCUGCUUGGCACCUACUCCCGAUGGCCAUGCCUGUUGCGAGAAUUGGGUUCUACCAACUUGAACUUUUCUACUGAUUCUACAUGGGCUGUAGUCUCCAAACUCGUCCUCGAAGUAGGUCCUGCAACCUCGGAAGACACGUUGCGGGAUACGCAUGCGGUCUUUCAUGAACGCAGCUUUUGCGAGAGACUACUCGAGCAAAUCGAUCAUCGUCUAGAAGCCGUACGACGAAACUGGAGGGAACCUGUACAGAUGGACAUCCUUAUUUCGAUGUUGCUCAAAGUGCGAUUGUUCACAUCGAACAUGGACAUGCGAGAAGUGGCGUCGAGCCUUCUGCUGACCGCUCGAGCAAUAACUCAGAGCUGGGUUGAAGCCUUGCGCUCUGCAGAGAACUCCGUUUUCAUUAUUUGGGCACCUCUCUUGUGCAAGCGUACAUUCUACCCAGAUCUCGACGAUUGUUAUCAUGUCCCUUCUGAAGACUUGGAGUCCUUCAUCAUUGCUUCCAUUGUGUUACAGAACAAUCUGGUUGGCAAAUUUGACGACUUGCCUUACAACUUACGAAACGCAAUCUUGCAGGAUUUGCGAUACACUUAUGAACACAGUGGCCUUCUCCACCAAUGCAUUGGUGCAGACUCUCAGGUUCUAGUUAAAGCACUGAAAGCCUUCUGGUCUGUUCCCGCUGAGUGCAUGGAUGCCCCAACCAUAUCGCAGGUCGAUUUGCAGCCGUGGUGGACCUGCCUCACGUUGUCGGCAAAGUAUAUGCAACAUCGCAUUCUCUACAACUGUUUGAAUGGUGUGUUACUGAUCAACGGGCAACAGCUUGGCAUAUUACCAUCUGAGUAUCGACGCGACCCAAUCAUCGAGGAGCUCUUUGGAACCCAGGACCUUCCUGUGUAUCCAUCAUCACUUCCAGGGAUGUCCCUUCUCAUAAAUCGACCGAUGCCUUGCGGCCACUGGGUGCAUCUUGGGUUCCGAGCAGAUAAGUUGGUUAUCCGGGCAGAGUACCGUGAUAUUAUUCUGGAAUUGAUUUCACGGAAUGCAUUUGGCAACGAGCGGCAAUUCGAUCUUCCUGUUCCACUCUCUAUGGGAUGCUUUCACUGGCUGAAUCUGAAAACUGGUGUUCUGGAAAUUCGACCUCAAGAUCCGUGGAAAUCGAAACUCAGUAACUGGCGAUUAGAUCUCAACACACGACAAGCUACGCGGAACAAUGGAUCCACGCUCGUUGAUCCAAACAGUGAACUUGCCAAGCGAAUUGCUCAGAACUUCCACCAGUUUGAGUAUCCUUACCACAUCACGGUAUACCAGCCAAUGCGAGGCAAUCUACGAGUGGAACUGAAACGCCUAGACUUAGACUUCGUGGUUACAAACCAUGGCUUACUUCUCUGUCCACAACUUGGAGCGAUCAUUGCCGAGUCGCGUCUACAAGAUUUUGGAACCUGGUAUGGGUUAAGGAGUAAACUCGUUGUGCGCUCCAUCAAGGAUGCUUCACAACUCCAUGUUCUUCUUCCUUUUGGGGAACCUGUACGCGAGCGUGAUGGACAACACGUAUCCAUCGUGAUAAAAAACAACGGUGGCUAUUGGAAGUUUGGAGUCAAUAAUUUGCUGGGGAGAAUCGACUGCUCCGCUGAACCGGUCCUGUUGUAUCAUAAAGCCAUGUGGCAUGCUUCUACAGCUCAUUUCCUUCCUGACCGGCUUACUGGACGUACGGGAGUCGAGGAAGCUCUGCAUUACCUCAAAUCUGGAACAUAUCAGCCGUGGACUCCUCUUGCCAAAAGCGCCUGCGACGUUCUCUCAAGUAUUGCGGACUUGUCGCCUCAUCGAGCGUACUAUCCUAAAACCAUGGCAGCUAUGGAAACGGUGCAGUGGAACCCCAAUCUCACAACCUUCAUGCAAGACGACAGGUACAAAAAUGCAUGCGAGGCUAUCUUUGAGAGGAAUGAGGAUCUGCGUUCGUUUGUACUCCACGGUAGCCACGAGCCUCCUCCGAGAGCUCCUAGAGAAGAGCAUUUGGAGUACCGAGCAUUGACAAGGAUUUACGCAAAUUCCUCGGGGUGUGACCAGGCUUACCAAUCUCGAGAUCGCCGUCUCGAGAAUGAAGAGCGUUCAAAUGUCGCCGAAAUGGCAAGAACACUCUCUGAGUGGUCCUCUCAGGUAGCUGAUCCUGCGCAACUGGCAUCCCUACUACAGAAGUCUCCAGUCAUCGGUGGUUACGUGCGCAUGUUCGAUAAGAUCCAGAUCACCGACAUCAUCGACACCGACCUUGGAAUCGACUGGGGGGCUCUGGCGAUGACCGCUCUAGAGUGCUCUAAGCCAGACAGGUUUCAGCUGAUGUUCUUAUUUUGUCUAUUGGUCUUCUCUCCGUGUGCGAACGUGGAGCUUGUUAGGGUGUUGGUGUCCUUUGCCGUGUUGGACGAUCUCAAGCAGCUUGAACUACCGAAAGCUGCUGCAUACAGCCAUUUCCAACCAAACGAGGUUUUGGAGGUGGAAACUUUGGAGAGAUUGAUAUCUGGGUUCAAGAAGGCAUUCGAAGAUGACAACACCCAUGAUGGAGUACAUGGCCAACUCGUACUGCGACGACUGAAUCAUGAGAAAGCAGCAACGCGAAGCUGCAAACUCUUUGCCGAGUCCAUUCGAGCUCAGUGGCCUUGUAGAGAGCUGAACAUAUAUCGCCUGGCAAUAGUGGAUGACGUGUUUCUGGACCGCGAUGAGGCUCUACUUGCUGUACUUCCGGAAUGGGACAGACUUGUAAACAACUUCGAAUUUUCGCAGCAUAUCGAGGAUGUUCAGCUUGUAUUGCACCGCCACUGUAAAGGACGUCUGACGAGUACAAUCGUCUUAAAGACUUCGUCUGAUUUAUUACAGACAGAACUGUAUCCUUUACGCAAGCGGGGAGGAGAAGUCCCUACCAUGCAAGAGUUGUUGAGAAAGGAUCUUUCUGUGCAUGUUUCUCAUAAGAAAGAACUCUCCAGACAAGCUGUACCACCAAUCGUCUUGACUAAUCUAACGAAUGGAGUUCGUGCUAUGACUACGCUCAACACCACACCUGGUGCAAGUCGCAAAUUUCUCCACAUCAACGAACUACGCAGGAUUGUCGCCAACUACAAGAAUUCAUCCUCCUUGGUGCAAAAACGAUAUGGUGACGAGUUGGAGCAGAGCAUCAAAGCUCUUUUGGACCACCUCUCGAAACCAGCAGUCGUACGUGAGCCUUUCAAUCCAACAAAGCUCUCAAACGAGUUGUACGCAGCGAACGACUCUUUCCGGGCAAAGCUUCAUCACAUCGCUAGUGCACUGCAGGAAGGCGAUAGUAGAGCAAAAUGGCUGAAGUUAGCUGGAAUGUGGCCGAGAAUUACUCCUACGACUCUGCUUACCGAGCUUCGCUCUACUUCUGGAACUGUGUUUGGCCAGGGGACUAGGGAAACACUCGUCAGCUUUGGGGUCGCUGUUACGACGUAUCAGCGCCUACUACGCAUUCAAGAUGCGAUUCAGAGAGAGCGUCGGCAGCAGAUACGCGACGAGUCUGACAACAUCGGACACCAAAAUUGGUCACCUUUGAAGCAUGUAGACUGGCUUGUCUUGGAAAUUGAUAGCAAUAUCAUGCUUCGUUCAGAACAGGUCGAAGUUGCUCUUGCAACAAUCUCACCCCAGUCGGGCCAAAACUCCGUAGUACAGAUGUUGAUGGGCGCUGGGAAGACAUCUUGCAUCCUCCCUAUGGUUGCGCUGAAGCUCGCCGAUAAGAAUCUUUUCCGAAUAGUGGUGCCUAGGCCACUACUAUUGCAGUCUGCACAGAUAAUGCAAACUAAGCUGGGAGGUCUUCUGAAUCGCGAGGUCAUACACAUUCCGUUCUCGCGGAAGACGCCUACAGGUCGAGACUUGAUGUCAAAAUACUGCCAGCUGCAUACGCACACACAAAAGUACGGUGGUAUUAUGCUUGCCUUGCCAGAGCACAUCCUGUCUUUCAAACUCAGUGGGCUCCAGCGCCUAUGUGAUGGCAAACCUGACGAGGCAGCAAUGAUGAUCAAGGCACAAGGCUGGUUGGAUCGUCAUGCUCGGGAUGUCUUAGAUGAAUGUGACGUGUCGCUUGCGAUCCGAACACAGCUGAUCUACCCUUCUGGCACGCAGCAGACUGUCGAUGGCCAUCCACUAAGGUGGCAAACGACUCAGGCCCUUCUUCACCUAGUGGUGUCGUAUUUGCCAGGUCUUGCGGUCAAAUUCCCCAGCAGCAUUGAGAUCGUUUGGAGAUUUGGUUUCCCGUUGAUAUAUCUCCUUCGCAAAGACGUAGAGGAGUAUGUCGUUGCCCAGAUUGUCCAAGCAAUCUCCAAAGGUCAAACUACCAUUCUUCCGGUCGCAGAUCUCCCGGUAUCUUCCCAGCAGGAUAUCCAAACAUUCAUCUCUAGUCCUUCGGUGAGUCCGGAGGUCACUAGUAGGGUCGUCGAUGUUUUCACGGAUAGCCGUCAUUUGAUGGACGUCGUAUACCAUCUACGCGGUCUUUUCGUUCAUCGCAUCCUACUCUCGACCCUGAAGAAGCGAUGGAACGUUCAAUAUGGACUACAUCCGUCACGAGAUCCCAUCGCUGUACCUUACCAGGCUAAAGGAAUUGCGAGCCCAACGGCAGAAUGGGGUCACCCCGAUGUCGCCAUCAUUUUGACUUGUCUGUCAUUCUAUUACGAAGGUCUCACUAUGGCUCAAUUCAAACAGGCUUUUGAACAGCUCGUAAAAUCGGACGAGCCUAGCAUCGAGUAUGAGAAGUGGGUCGUAGGGAAUGUCCCUGAAGCCUUGAGAGAUUACAAUGCAAUCAACGUGGAGGAUAGCAACCAGCUUCGCGAAUUGCACCAGUACAUUCGGCACAACGUGUAUCUCCUUGACUUCUUUCUCAACACCUUUGUAUUUCCUCUGCAUGCAAAGCAGUUCAGCAAGAAGCUAUCGGCCUCGGGCUCUGACCUUGUUCUUUUUGAGCCCACUCGGUCGUCAAACUGUAGGACUACUGGCUUUUCCGGCACCAACGAUUCCCGACAUCAAUUGCCGAUGACGAUCAAGCAAAAUGACCUCCCUCAAUUAGCUCACACCAACGCCGAAGUGCUGGCCUACCUCCUCGAGGAACGCAAUCGUCAUUACGUUUACAUGGUCGAUAGUCGUAGAAAACGGCUGACCGAAGAUGGUCUGCUCAGGAAGUUACAGAAUCCUCUCGGCCUUGCACAAAAUCCAUCCAAUCGCAUUCGUAUUCUCCUUGAUGCUGGCGCGCAAGUACUAGAGAUGGACAACUGCAGUCUUGCCAAGGCAUGGCUGAAGAUCGAUCACGAAGCUGCGGCAGCAGUUUACUUCGAUUCGGACCACCGCCCUCGAGUCAUAUACGGCAAAGGCAAAGGAACAGAUAUUCCGCUCGUAGCUUCGCCAUUUGCGGAUAAUCUGGACGAGUGUCUGGUUUAUAUCGACGAGAAUCAUUGUCGAGGAACUGACUUGAGGCUGCCCGCAAACGCAAGGGCAGGAUUGACGCUUGGUCCAAAUCUGACCAAAGACGCACUUGCGCAAGCUGCAAUGAGGUUACGCCUACUCGGGACGACGCAAUCAGUGACGUUCUUCUCUCCUCCUGAGGUUCACCAGAGUAUACUGGAUGUCCGAAUGGCCGCCAAAGACGCGCCAAUCACCGCUGUAUGCUCCCGGGAUGUUGUUCGUUGGCUUUUGGAGCAGACGUGCAACGCUAUAGAGCAGCUUGAGCCUCUCUACUUCACUCAAGGGAUCAACUUUUUGCAGCGGGAACAGGCCAAGCUCAACCAUCCGGAUUUUCUCGAUGACGAAUACUCGCGCGAAGCCUAUCUGAGUAUUAUCCGAUCCAAGGAACUACAGUCACUCAAACAGCUGUACGAGCCCAAACAUCAACAGCGCGGGCCAGCCAUUAAGUCUUCAGCGUUUGCACCUUCUCUGCGUAAACAUGUCACGGAGAUGCUCAACCGUAGGAAGGGAUUCCAAGAUCGAGGUUUUGCUAUUCACUCUUCUGCCUUGGAGGAAGUCGAACAAGAACGCGAAAUCGAAUUUGAAACAGAAUGUGUUCGAGAAACACAGCCCCCAGUUUAUUUCAAAGCGUUGAAGACAGGCAAACUGCAUCCCGACGUGCAGAUAUUUGCCACCAUUGGACGUUUGGCAGCCAGCAGCGAUGCAUACGAGCCCAUGUUUUGCACACUGCAGAAGACUGCUCUUGGUAUCAAGCACGGCAACAUCACAGCUACAAACGUAACUCCUGGCUUGUAUGUCUCUGCUCAAUUCAAUAGAACUAUCAGCACCAACGAGUCAAACGACGCCUUUCUUCGGCCGUGCCAAUGGAUAUUGUGGAGCCGUGCCGUUGAGAUUGGCCUGCUUGUCAGCCCAGAAGAAGCCAACUUGCUCAUCCCGAUCCUCCGCGGUAUACGCCGACCAGUGUGUCAUCUCAUCACAUAUGCUGCUCCCAUCACACGUCGCAUGCUCCACUUCAACAAGCUUGAUUACUAUGCGAUACCGCCGCUGCCGACCAGCUUCAAGAUACCCAUUUGGCUCACGGUCGUGCUUGGUAUCUUCGCUGGACGUCUCUACUUCGACUGGGACGAGUAUGAGGAGACAAUGGCGUACCUCGGAAUACGAACAGGUGAUUCAGGAAAUGACGAGGAAUCCCAAGGCACUCAACAUGAAGCUUUUGCUGAGGAACCCCUCGCAUUCCUCCAUGAUUGGCUCGCUAUUCGUCGCAAGGGUCAAGACUUCGAGCACACUCCUAUGGGCUUCAUCACAACCGGAAAGCCUCUGUCUGCUGAUCAUCCCUUCUUCUCAACCGCCGAAGAUAAAUCCGAGCUCGAAUCCAAGUUCUCCAUGGCGGCCCAUACUACGCAGAUCACUGAAGAAGAUGAAGAAUCAGAUGACGAUGAGGAUCACGGGAAGGAGCAUCUUUUCCAGCAUAAUGGGGAUGACGAUGGAGGUAUGGAUAUGCAUGAUGACGAGGACGACUACGAUGACGAGGAAAACAUCUUCUUCGCUGGAGGAGCUUAUGUGGAGGGCGAUGUAGGGAGGCAGUAGUCCUAAAAGAGAGUUACAAUUGGCAGCGGAUGAUCAUGUGUGGGAAACCAAUUGGUUAGAUAUCAUCGCUCAGUAGCAAGUAGAAUCGAACUGCUCUCCUUG